AUGCCGAUUGUUCGUGGCGCCAUCAUCGGUGCCGGCACCGUCGGGCAAGGCGUGUACAACAUCGCUCAGCAACGCCGUGAGGAGCUGAAGCAGAAGCUGGGCGGGGCGGAGCUGGUCAUCGUGAAGAUUCUAGUGACCGACCUGACGCGUCCGGAUCGGGUUCUGCCACCGGGUCUUGCCAAUCCUGCUGAGAUCCUCACGGACUCCAUCGAUGAAGUAUUUCGCGCGGACGUGCACGUUGUGUUCGAGGCGGCGGUGGGCGAGGAGCCCAUCUUUACCUACCUACAGCGCGCCAUCGUCGAGCACGGCUGCUCCGUCAUCACCGCGAAUAAGGUCAUGUUUGCCCGCUACGGGGCGGCGCUGCAGGAGCUGGCGAGCGUCACGACUCCGCCGCCGACGUCGCCUUUUGCGAAGGUCUUUGUCGGCUUCGAGGCAACGGUGGCCGCCGGUCUACCGAUCAUUAAGCCGCUGCAGAGCAUGUGCUUUGUGCACCACGUCCGCAAGCUGGAGGGUAUCCUCAACAGCACGAGCAACUACAUCCUCACCGAGCUCCGUCUUCACCCUGAAAGGACGUUUGCCGAGGUGGUGGCGACGGCGCAGGCGCUGGGUUACGCCGAGACGGACCCGACGAACGACAUCUCCGGCAGCGACGCCUUCAUGAAGCUGCUCAUUCUUCUCUCUGUCGCCUUCGGCCAGCAACCCGACCGCGCCUCCAUCCCUGUGGUUGGCAUUGACAGCCUGACUCCGGAGAUGCUGAGGGAGGCGGCGGCGAAGGGGCUGCGGUAUCGGCACAUCGUCCGCGCUGAGUUACAGAUACCAACUCCGCAGCUGCCCUCCGCCGACGAUGGGGCGUGCGGCGCGGACACCGCAGCGUGGUCCCCGACGUGUGCGCCGACGGCCCAGCUCGUCUGCUCCGUGCGGCCGCAGCUGGUGGGACCGGAGCACCCCCUCUACGGCAUGGACGGCACGACGAGUGCGUUGUCGGUAUGGACCGAUUACCUUGGCUGUGUGACGAUUAACGGGCCGGGGGCGGGUAUGUACCCGACGGCAAGCGGCAUGAUGGAGGAUUACGCCGUGUGGAUGCACGCCUACAAGCGUGCAGCGCCGGCGGCGUAA